AUGGAGCUUAUUACGAAAGAGAAGACGCGAAAUGCAACGUACCACAAAAGAAAACAAGGAAUUAUUAAGAAAGCUAACGAAUUCACCAUCCUUUGCGAUGUUAACACUGUUAUCAUCAUUUACCCUCCCAACUCCGACAAAGCGGAGAUAUGGCCAGACAACCCUGAUCAAAUCAAGAAAGCCAUUGCCUCUUACAAAGCCAAAAAGGAUGAUAACGGGAAGAGAACUUACAACCUCAAUGACUUCUUUGAGGAUCGAAAGAAAAGGAUCGAAGAUGAGCUUCUCAAGGCCCGAAAAAGAAACAUGGAAGCCAAAUACGCGACCUGGUUUGAUGAGCUCGAUGGUUUAUCCGAAGUGCAAUUGAGACAAUUCGCUAUGGAGUUGGAAAACAAGGAGAAUUUAGUCCGACGUCUUGAAUUCCAGAAAAGAAGCAUGCAGAUGACGAUGACUUUACCGUUGCAGCCAUUGUCGUCAAGGUUCGAGCUUGAAAACAAGCAGCCGAUUUUUCACUAUACUGGUUCGCAUCCGAGUCUUGAUCAUGUUCAGAUGAUGAGCCACCACCUUAUGAACCAUCAUGAUCAGCUUGGGUGGACUACGUUCAAUGAUCCAACGACAGCUUCGUUCAUUCCAUUGAAGCGUGAACUGGGUGCUUAUGGUUAUCCGGUGUUUGAAGGUGGUCUGGUUUAUGAUAAUUUGAAUCCAUGGCAGUUUCAGCCGGCGCCAGUGGUUCAGUGCGGCAUGACGCCGGAACUUGCAACGCAAGAACUUGCUUCACAGGUGAAUAUUAAUGGUGAGUAUGAUGGUUCCGGGGAUUUUGUGAUGGUUGAUCAUCAAGGAAGGUUUCUGGGUUAA